UUUCUCUUGUAGUGGCGUGGGCAUUUCCCACCAUUCUUGCCUGAAAUCCCGAUCAUUUUAGAAUCCCCUGUAGGAAGGCUGGCUUUCCUGCUUCUUUCUAAGAACUUCUUGAUUUAUUUUAAGAAAGGCGCUAGCCGAGCGCUGGCCUGUGAUAGCAACUAAACUUGCACUCCUCCUCUCAGUCGAUCUCAGGAGCACUCGCGUAAGCCCCGCGCAUUCCAUUCAGCUCCACCAGCACAAUAAAGUGUGUGUUUUAAAACGAAUAGAAGUCUCUCGACAUGGCAAAUCUCAACAGGCUGAUCCUGCUCGCUCUCCUCUCCGUCGCCUGCUGCCUCUCACUGCUGCUUCCCCUCGCGUCCGCCGGUCCGCCAAAGCGCGUCGCGCGCACGCGGCCGGCACACGAGGAGUUCCGCCGCCAGCGCCGGCUGACCGACAUCGUCGACCGCGGCUCGCGCCCGCCGCUGCACAUGUUCGAAACGAAGGCGCAUUACGAGGAAGAAAAGCGCGAAAAGGCCGAAAAGGGCGCCGCGACAUCAAGCGCUCCAAUAAAAUACUGGGGCGGGCCCGUGAUGAUCGGAAACCCGUCCGUGAACGUGUAUAUAAUCUACUACGGCAGCUGGCCGGCAGGAUCCGGGCAGAACGUGAUCGAGAAUUUCAUCCGGUCGCUGAGCGCGGACUCGAGCCGGCAGGGGGCGCCGGCGGAGCCCAAGGUGAAGCUCUGGUGGGCAAUCAACGCCCCGUACUCUCAAGACGCGGGUGGCGGGAAGACGAACGUCAGCAGGAAGGUGCGACUAGCCGGGACUGUCCACGACAACUACUCGGCGGGAAAGAAAUUCGGCGAACAGACGGUUUGGAAAGUUGUAUCCAAGAAGAUUGGCGCUGGAAAGGCGUUUUCGUACGACCCUCACGGUAUCUACUUGCUUCUCACCAGCAAGGAUGUUACUGUUCCUGGUUAUUGCAGCGAGUACUGCGGAUGGCACACCAUGGACUACAUGGGAUCGAACCCAGUCAUAUACUCAUUAGUGGGUCACCACGGGCAGUGCGCAGAAGGUUGCGGGGGGCAAAGUACGUCGCCCAACGGGAACCCUGCGAUCGAUGCGACGGUUUCCACCAUCGCCCACGAAAUCGCAGAGGCAGCAACCGACCCCGAUGCUCAGAACGGAUGGUUGGACGACAAUAACGAGGAGAAUGCAGACAAGUGCUCGUACGAUGUUGGUCUGACGAAAACGGGUCGCGACAACCGUGGUAACGAGUACCUGUACAAUCUCGUCGGGAUGAAGGGCAUGCGGUUUCUGGUCCAGCAGAACUGGGACCGGCUGAAGAACAAGUGCGUGUCUCAGAGGAGGUAGGAAGAGGAUCUGGGGUGUGACGCUGGCGGCGAAACCUUCCUCAACUCUCCACUUCGGAAGUCUGAUGGCUACAUCGUAGACAAAAAUUAUACGAGAAUAAGCAAUGCUGCAGUGUGCAUGCAUCGCAGGGAAACGGAGACUCUCCGUAUAAUAAUGCCCGCCAGUAGGGUCUUACGGUGCCAGUAGUUUCCCCACGCAUGUAAUAUGUCAAAAUUAGCCACUUUUCCCCUAUCUCUCA